GCGCCUAGAGAGAGGCUAGGGUAGAGAGGCCGACCGAGCUGGAGUCGUCGGCUUGUAGAGGAAGCAGCUGGGAGCUGGCGUGAGCGUGAGCGGGCGGGCAGGCGAACGAGCAAGCGCAGGCGGGAGGGAGCGGCGCACGGCGCAGAGCAGCGGCAGCCCGGGCCGCGGCGGAGCCUCAGCCGGAGGGCAGCCCGAGCGGGCUCCUCGGUCCCCGCCCCCACUCGGCGGGGCAGUGCCCGGUGUUCCCCCGUGCGGGGGUCGGCGGCGGCGGCUGAGCGGACCCCACGGGACCGCGCGGGUGUUGCCACCUCGGCCGAGGAGCCGGCGAGGCCGCGGGGCCCUGCGAGCUGGGCCCGGGGCCCGUGACAGACGGGCCAAGGAGGGGAGAGAGGCGGCGGCGGCGCAGGCGACGGGGAGGCAGCGGCAGCGGCGACACCAUGUCAUCCCCCAGUCCCGGCAAGAGGCGGAUGGACACGGACGUAGUCAAGCUCAUCGAAAGCAAACAUGAGGUUACAAUUCUAGGAGGACUCAAUGAAUUUGUUGUCAAGUUUUAUGGACCGCAAGGAACACCAUAUGAAGGCGGGGUAUGGAAAGUUAGAGUGGACCUUCCUGAUAAAUACCCUUUCAAGUCUCCGUCUAUAGGAUUCAUGAAUAAAAUUUUCCAUCCCAACAUUGAUGAAGCGUCAGGAACUGUGUGUCUAGAUGUAAUUAAUCAAACUUGGACAGCUCUCUAUGAUCUUACCAAUAUAUUUGAGUCCUUUCUGCCCCAGUUGCUGGCCUAUCCUAACCCCAUAGAUCCUCUCAAUGGUGACGCUGCAGCCAUGUACCUCCAUCGACCAGAAGAAUACAAGCAGAAAAUUAAAGAGUACAUCCAGAAGUAUGCAACAGAGGAGGCCCUGAAGGAACAGGAGGAGGGCACUGGCGACAGCUCGUCGGAGAGUUCUAUGUCUGACUUCUCAGAAGAUGAGGCCCAGGACAUGGAGUUGUAGUAGAAGAGACAUCUGCUUUUCAGAAAGACUAUUAUUUCCUAACCAUGAGAAGCAGACUCUAAUAUUCAUAUUUAAACAAAGCAAUUUUUUUUAUUACUAAACAAGGUUUUUAUGAAUAAUAGCAUUGAUAUAUAUAUAUUAUAUAUCACCCUUUAGAUCUUGAUUUCUUGGUCAUUUCUCAACCUGAGGUGCAUAGCAUAUUCCCACAUUCCAUUUUGGUAGCAAUAUGCAGUCCGAAUGCAUGCAUUCAUAAGUCCACUUGGCCAAGUCAGCCUGUGUGCUACUGAACUGUCAAGAGAUUGCCGGUCUGAUAGGUAAACAUGAGAAAAACAGGAAAAGUUUGCUUCUUUUUAUUGAUGGUUCCAAAGAAACAAACCAAAUCUGCCAGCUCUUGGAUGAAGAUAGAACAGUGCUUUUCCAGAGUGGGAAGGAAAGGGUUGAGAUGCGUGCUUUGACAGCCUGUGAAGCGACUCUGUCCUUGUCAGCUGCUCCCUAGUUCUCAGUGGCUGUUGGCAAGGAGCAGCGUGAGACAGAGUUGAGUGAGAAGUGAGACUUAGGGCUUUUGGUUUUUUUUGACUCAGAUUUAAGUGCAUUUUUCUAGGUAGAUUCCUGCCCUCCGUGCUACCAGACCUGCAGCCACAUUGGUUUUUCCUUGGAGAACAUUUGGGAAGCAUUUUCUGAACCCAUUUCCUUUUGGGGGUGCACAGCUUGUCAUCCAGCAGCGUUUUUUGAGAGGACAGGACUGGAGGAGAAAAGUGACUGGAAGAUGCAGAGUGACAUCUGACCCUGGCCUGGGCCUGUUGGAGACCAUUGCCCUGGGCUAAGCUGUGAAACUGGAAGCAGUUUGGUUUGGUUUGGUUUUUUGGUUUUCUUCUUCUUUUUUUUUUUUUUUUUUUUUAAUUUUAUUUUUUUUUUUAUUUGUGUGAAUUGUACUUAGACAGGUUACAGAUUUAAUUUUCACCUACCAAGAGACAGUUUCCUCCCUGGACAAGGCACUCAGUGGACCAUCAGAUGGAGGAAGACUGGCCUCAUCGCUUGAGCUCCUGCGUGACCCUUGUAUUCCAGCCUUAGAUCUCCUCCUGGAAGCUGCCAGCUGCUUGUGGGAGUGGGUAGUGUGGGUAUUUGAGACUCAAAACAUCCUAAAUUUGGAAUGGGUAACAGUUGAAACAAACGGAAGUUUUUGUCCCAAAGUAGCUCAAGGUGGUGAAGAACCACUUUCGUGAAUUGUUACGGAGGCAGAUUGAGGGGACAACACUUUCUCCCUCUGUGGUAACCAGUCAGACAGCUGGAAGUGCCUGGCCUGCUGCCACCAGCUGACUGCCAUCAGAGUGCACAGCAGUUUCAGACCUGACUCUGGAGGAAAUUUGGAGACAGUUUAGGUAGCAGCUCUGCUCUGUAUUCUUUUUGCUGAAACCAGAACAGUAGAAGUAGCCAAUCGUAAGACCCUCUGAAGACAUGUUGAAUGUCCCACUGGACUAACCUUUCUUUUGAUGUGUGUUUUUAGUUUAGAAGUGCUAUAUUCCACAAGGGUUAAGUCAAUGAGGUUGGAAGACACCUAUCUUUUUUUUUUUUUUUAAAUUCAAAAAGCACAAUCAGUCUUUCCUUUGAAAAUCUAUAUAAAGUACAACUUUUAGCAUGAUUAUUUUCCUAAAUAAAAAGACAAAUAAUUUACUUACUUUAUGUUAAUUACGGGCAUGAAGCAAAAGGUUUCUUUGGGGAAGAAGAUGCAGUUCUGUGGUGCUGGGGUUGGCUCACUGUAUGUCCUGGCACCCUGGCGUGUUAAGGUGGCUUUACCCGUGUGCCGUCUCCACUGUUGUGGUUAGGAGGGUUUCUGCUGGCACCUGCAGCUCGCUUCCCUGCAGAUUAACCCUUUGCUCAUGCUGUAACCUACAUGUGGAUGCUGCCUAGGGCAGGCUUGGACUGCUGGGUGGUGAUUGUGAGUUCAGACAAAAUGUAUUUUUUUCAAUACUGUAUAAAAAUAGUAUUCUGAUUACCUCCCCCUCAA